AUGAGUAUUCAAACGGCGAUACCGUUUAAUGUACGGAAAAAAAGUUCAUUUUAUGGAACUAAACAUAAGGUAAUGAAAGAAGAUUUUACUAAUGCAACUGCAAGAGAUUCUUCCUAUAAAUAUACACCAACUGUGAAGAAAAUUAUUACCUUAAGUAGUAGUGAAUCAGAUUCAGAUUCAGAUGUAGAAAAUAAUAUAAAAAUUCAUGCCAAUACUGUAAAUAUACAAACUCCUAAAUGUAUGCCAAAGACAAAUGAAUCUGAUGAGGCACAUGGUUCUACACCCCCAAAACAGAGGAAAAUAGAUAAGUCAGUUUUAUUAACAUCUUCAUCUACACCCUCUACCUUGUUUGGUAAAUUGAAUUUAUUAUCAUCUCCUGAUAAAGAGGAAAAACUGGCUCCCAAAAGAUUAUUUGGAUCAGAAAGGUACCGUAAUGCUCGUAAAGCUUUACAUGGCUCAGUACCUGAAAGUUUACCCGGCAGAGAAAACGAAUUACAAAGGUUACAACAAUUUAUGGAAGAACAUUUAAAGAAUGAAACAUCAGGUUCUUUAUAUGUAUCAGGACCACCUGGAACUGGAAAAACAGCAUGUCUUUCAAAACUUAUAUUAAGAACUGAAUUCGAAUCAAAAUUUAAAAUAGUUUACGUUAACUGUACUACUAUGAAAUCUGCUGCUACAAUUUAUGCAAAAAUUAUUCAAGAAUUAGGUUUAUCUGUAUCAAAAUCAGCAAAAAAUAGUAAAGCAGUUAUUGAAAAAUAUUUAAUUUCGAAUCACAAAAUGAUAUUGUUGAUUUUAGAUGAAAUAGAUCAGUUAGAAAGUAAAAAGCAAUCUGUCUUAUAUUCUGUAUUUGAAUGGCCAUCAAUACAUAAUUCAAAACUCAUUUUAGUUGGCAUUGCUAAUGCUUUGGAUUUAACAGAUAGGAUAUUACCUAGAUUACAAGCUAGAUGUGAAUUGAAACCAAAAUUGAUGCAUUUUUCACCAUAUACAAAACAACAAAUAUGUAAUAUAAUAUCUGAUAGAUUAAAUGAAGCAAAUGUAUCUGACUUGUUUACUGGAACUGCAAUACAAAUGUUAUCUGGGAAAGUUGCUGCUGUUUCUGGUGAUAUCAGAAGAGCAUUGGAUAUUAGUAGAAGGGUAAUAGAGCUUGCUGAGUCUCAAAAGAUAGCACAAAUUUUACAACCAACUAACAGUAAUGAAAUGAACAUGCCUAAAAAACAGCAAUGUACAAUGGAUCAGGCAGUAGAUUUAAAGGAAGUUAUCACUGUAUUAAAUGGUGUUUAUGGUGGGUCUCAGAAUAUUGAAAAAGAAGAAAGUACAUUUCCUUUACAACAGAAGUUGUUAUUGUGUUCCUUAUUACUCAUUCUAAAUAAAGGGCGGAAUAAAGAUGUGACAGUGGGAAGAUUGCAUGAAGUGUAUAAAAAAGUUUGCAAAAAGCGGAAUAUUCAUGCUGUCGAUGGUUCUGAAUUUUACAGUUUGUGCUCAUUAAUAGAAACUAGAGGUAUUCUAAAAUUAACGAGGAAAAAGGAACCUCGUUUGUCAAAAAUAAAUUUAGAAUGGGAUCAAGAAGAAUUAGAUGCAGCUUUGCAAUACAAAAAUAUGAUGGCAGAAAUCAUUAAUGAUACAACUUGUUUAUAG